CUACGGCGGCCGUUCACUGCUUGGCUGAUAACAAUGGAGGCUCUUUCUUUAUGCUUCUCUAUUCCCCGCCUUCCCCACACCACUGCAAAACCCUAAUCUCCAAGCUCUACUUCACCCUGCUUCGAUCAUCUCACCCGACCUGGAAUCUCACUGCUCAUUGCUCCAAAAUUCGCCCCAAACCCACGACUGCAAAAACCCUCACUUGCGAUCGCCGGCGCUAAUCUCUCAUCCUUCAGUCUCUUAGAUAUCCAUCCGAACCGCCAUUUCCUCUCUCUUUUGAUGGGGUUAUCUUUCCCCCUUUCGUGUCUUGCUUCUGAAUCCGAUGUGCCCACUGAAGGGAUUUCCAGUAAGAUCGACUUGGAGGCAAUUUUGGUCUCCAUUGACAAUUUCUUGAAUAGAUACCCCUUUUUCCUUUUCGGGGUUGGGUUCAUUUGGCUUGUGGUGAUCCCGCUCACUGAGGAGUACUUGCAGAAGUACAAGUUCAUAUCUGCCAUUAACGUAUUCAAGAAGCUCCGGAAUGACCCAAAUUGUCAGAUGUUGGAUAUUAGGGACAAGAGAGCUUUGGCAUAUUUGGAUUCGUCCAAUUUGAAAAUCUUGAAUAAGAAGGUGUUGCAGGUUCAUUUCGUUGAAGGAAAAGAAGAUAUUUUUGUCAAGGAAGUUUUGGAGAACUUUCGGGAGCCAGAAAGCACCACAGUUUGCAUUAUAGAUCAGUGAAAAAUGGUUUCAAAGAAGCCUAUGCAAUCCGUGGUGGGCUGAGAGGCAACAAAGGGUGGCAGGAGAUACAAGAAUCACUUCUCCCUUUAUCUGUUCGUGUCUAUCCCAACAAGAAAAACAAAGAACAGAGUGAGAGUGGUAUAGAUGCAAACCAGCCAGAGGAAGAUGACAUGGAUUCUGGCAUAAAAAGAAGUGAACAGAUUGGCAAUGGAUCUGCUACGAAACCCAGCCAACUCAUCCCACAAACACAAAGUGGCGUGUCUCCAUAUUCAAAUGUAUGAACUCUCUUCAUGUCUCGAUAAACAAAAAGGAAGGGAAAAUAACAUUUUACUCCUUCCCAUUUUUCCUUUUGUCGGGCAUCCCAAAACAAUCUUCUCAUUCCAUUUAAAGAGACAUGUGGUUCAUAUUCUUUCUCUCAUGUGCACAAACAUUGAACACACAAUUUCACCUCUCCAUAUCCAAAUGCAUGAACUCUCUCUUCUCUCAAUACACAAAAAGAAUAAAACCCCAUUAUUUGCACACACACGCACACCAUAAAAUAUGAAAACCGGACGGUAAUUUUUUAUUAAACCGUCAACCAUAUCUUGGAUAUAUGGAAAAAAUAUACUGGAGUUUAUGCUAGUAAACCAGAUAAAGUGCCAUCUAGAAGUGAAAGGCCAGUUAUUUUAUCUUUUGGAAACAGCUUCUCCAUUGCCGAGUAGGGCCGUAGGGGUAAGGUUUGAUUACACAUCCCUCCCAAGAUCAUACUUUUUGUGGGUAUCAUGAUUUGGCUAUGUUAUUGUGAAUUUCAGGACCCAGCUUUGAAGCCACCAUCCCUUUGAAUCCAUCAAAGUGUUCAAGUCGAUGAAUGAACAUGGAUGGUGUGAUGGGCUAUGACCAAAAGUGUUAAUUUUUUUCUAUCAGGGUGGGAAUUCAGAGAUAGAAAGCUGGUGGGUCUGUUCUUGUGAAUGUUGCAGACUAAAUUUAUGCUCUGUGU